UCGCCAUCAGUGGCCGAAGCCUGUGUCGUGUCAUCGAAUCGUAAUUAUACACGUCGAACGAAGUACAAUAUUAUCUAUACCUGUGUAGUGCAACGUUGGCAUUUUUAUUAUUUACAAUAAAAAUAUAACUGUUUCCAUCAUGUCGUCAACUGAAGAAACUUCUCAGCUCAAAGCUGGCCAUCCCCCGGCAGUGAAAGCUGGUGGCAUGAGAAUCACCCAGCACAAGACUCCUCACUCAAAGGACAGCAAAGAGCCAGCAAAUGAGGACUUAACUGGUCUCUCAGGACCUUCACCAGUUCCUUCAAACCCGGUAUCAAUCUCGGGGGCACCUAACAGAGGUAACGCAGACUUUACUCCGGAAGCUGCUCAGGUGGCCCACAGUCCGAAACCACCAGCGCAUAUCAACUUCAAGCCUCAAACAAAUAUUCAACAACCCCGGAAGUAGACUACAUUCGACAUAUCAGAAGGCAUUGAGGUUGUUAGGUAGAUCCACAGAAAAUGUUCAGAAUUAGUUAUAUUGAAAACUUAUUGAUAUUAAAAAAAAAACAAUCUUCAGUUACAUAAAAUUAUGUCAAGAUAAUUUCAAGUUUAAUAUUGCCAUGGUGAUAUUAUUAGAAAAAAAAAUAAGAGGCCAGUUACUGACUGUUCUAGUCAAACUGCAACUUUAAAUUCUUCUGAAAAGAUAUAAAAAACUGCUAGUAUCAUCAAAAUAUUCGUUUAAAAUAGUAGUAUUAUAAAAUUGAAAGAUUUUCUGUUCAUUUAUCUAUACACCUUGAUAACUCACAAUUAUCAUACUACUUGUUUACAUUAGGUAUUUUGGACACAAACAUGGAAAACAUAUCUAUAACUGUUUGUUUUGAUAAGGUUAUCUUAUAUAGAUAAAGUAGGCAACCUAUUGAAUGGAAACAAAAAUUAAUAAUACCUACCAUGACAAUAAUGUUGCACCUAUCAAUAGGUUGUCCGUAUUUACAAAAUUAAAGUUUUAAUCUAUUCAUCAUCAUUUUUACCAUCCCAAUGCUGGGAAACGCAGAGAAGGAUUGAGUGGUAAUCUAUUUUAUUCAGUGUGUUUAUUUUUAUCAUUAAUGUUAUAUGGAAUAUUCCAUCCUAAACAUUUCCAUUCUCUGAUUACAAUAGAACACUUGUGCUAACAGAACAUUCCAUAAUCCUAUAAAAUCUACAAUCUAUUGUUUGUGCUCAAAUUCUUAAUGUAAACAAAACUAAAACAUACAUGGUCCUAACUAAGCAACAUUGUGUUAACUUACACAAACACGCAAGUAUUGCCAGCAUUUAAAACAAUUCAUUUAUGUUAAUUUCUGAAUGUUGCCAAGUUAUGACCAUGUAAACAGCCUAGUGAUUAGAUUGGUAUAUUAAGAAUAUUUUGUAUUAUAAAUAAGUACUUUAUUUAUUAAUGUCUUAUUAUAUCUGUUUGUGUCUUGUUAUAACAACCUAAUCAGUUUAAGGCUUAUAAAUACCAACUUUACAAAACAGGCAUUUCAACAGUAAAAUAGACAUUUAUAAAACUUCCUCCUAUUCUAGUUAAAUUAGUUAUUCUUAUUUUAGAUAGGUGAAAAUAUAUAAACUUAAAUAACAUCUGUUAUUCAUAGAAAUGCCUGAUAUAAUUUAAAAAGGAAAAAAAAAUCUUUAAAGCUACAAUAAGUGGAUCAAAUUACUGAAAAGUUGGAGCAAGCGCUCGAAAUGUGUGCGUCACAUUAGUGCAUUAAUUGUGCAAAAAUAAUUUCUAUAAGCGCAAAUAAUAUCUAUGUAUUUAUAGCUCUAUAUCAACUUCAUAUAGUUGAUGAGUAAAACACAAUAUAUCUUCAAACAUUGAAUGUUUUAAUGUGUCAUUGUACUUAGAUAUAAAAUGGUUAUUGCUUACACUGUUUGUUCCAAUAAAAAGUUCUUGAGUGAAGCAUCAUCAUCAGCUUUUUUAUCAACUAACUGUUGGGCACAGGCCUCUUCUCACACAGAAAAAGCAAAAGCGUUAAUAACCACACUCUUGUUCAAUGUGAGUUGGUGAUUAAAAAGAGAAUGGAAACCUACAAAGUGUUUUUGAGUUUUCUAGCGACAAAGUGUGAGCAAAGACCAUUUUUCUAGAUUUAUUUUGAAAGUGUAUGAAGCGAUAUAAUACAUAUUAUGGUACAUAUAAAUGUGUAGAUAGUUCAGUACAUAGAUAUCCAGUGUUGUUGUCAAUGAUACAAAAUGUGUUUUUAAGUCCACUGCAAGUAGUUUUGCACAAAUUGUCUUUUUUUAAUUUUUAUGCUAUUCUGACUGCCUUUAAAAAGUGGUCAUCAAUGUAUUUUUUUUUCUUAUUUAGUGUUUAAAAAAAUUCAAGAAUUUAUAAGUCCCGACAUAUUACAGGGAAUUUAUUAACGUCCGUAUUGGGUUUGAAAAAAAUAUAUUUAAGUUAUUGAAUUGGCAUUGUAAGUAAUGUUUAAAUUUUAUUAAAAGGAGCUAGUUUCCGAGCAAUAAUUUCAAUUAAAUAUAAUUUUUAUUUGGUGCUAAGCCAUUAUCGUUUUAAAUUAGAACAUAAAGCAUUUCUUCACAUUCCUAAACAUUAAGUUUAUGAUUGCAUUACCGAAAAAAAAAAAAAAAAAAGUUACAUUAUUAAUAUUGGUCUAUAAUGUUUUACAUUUGACCGUGUGUUUUAAGCAGUGUUUCUUUUAUAUUUUUAAUAGUUAUAAAAUAAAUUGGUAUAAAACCAAA